AGUAUGGAUCUGGGUUCUCGCUCCACCCAAAGUAUAUAAAGUGUGUGUGCGCCAGCCACAAGUCUUAAGUCAGAAGGUCUGCAUCUCAAGUACAGCUAAGACUUCUGACUACUCAGAGGAGGAGCUGUGCUUCAACCCCUUCACCUUCUUCUUCUGUUCUCUAGGCAGCUGCCGGAAUGGGUUCAAAAUCUCAACUUUUUCACUACGAUGAGGUGGCAAAGCACAACCACAAGAAAGAUUGUUGGAUCAUAAUCUCUGGAAAGGUUUAUGAUGUGACCCCUUUUUUGGAGGAUCACCCUGGAGGUGAUGAAGUCUUGCUAUUAGCAGUUGAAAAAGAUGCAACAGAUGACUUUAAUGAUGUCGGCCACAGUGAUUCCGCGAGGGAGCAGAUGGAAAAAUUCUAUGUAGGCAAGGUUGACACGUCCACCAUACCAGCACAGCCAAAUUACAAGCUUCCUGCUCAAGCAGCUGCUCAAUCUGAACAAUCUUCUGGACUUUUGGUAAAACUUUUACAGUUUCUGCUGCCCUUGUUGAUCAUGGGAGCUGCAUUUGCUCUGCAAUACUACAAUAAAAAGUAGUCUAAUUAUCCUCCAUGCGUAUGAACUUUCUUCAGACUGAUAAUCUAUCACUCAAGUCAGAAUAACGUAACAACAGAAUUUCAGUUACGACUUUGCAUUUUUGAACAUGUUGUACUACCUUUUUACAUAUCGUAUUUGUGUGUGCUUGGAAUUUAUUGAGUUGGCGAAGCAUUAUUUCAUCCCA